UUUUCUACUUUGCACUGACUGUCUUCCUUUUCCUAAAUGCGUCCGAGGCACAAAACGAAAGUCCUACCAAGACUAUCGUGGUUGAUCAGUCAGGCAAGGGACAAUUCACCACAGUGCAACAGGCCGGCCAUCGAUUCAAUCCCAUCAAAUAACAAACAAUGGACAGUUAUCCAUCUCAAUGCUGGUGUUUACAAAGAGAAAGUUAUGAUCCUUAAAGAAAAACCAUACAUUACUCUUAAGGGAAUGGGUAAGAGUUCGACUGUGAUCGAAUGGGGUGAUUCUGGAAACUCCAUAGAAAGUUCUACCUUCAAGUUGUAUGCUCCAAAUUUUAUGGCUCGUGAUAUUACAUUCAAGAAUACAUUUGACCUCGAGAUGGUGGAUGAUAUGAUAACAACGAUUACAUGGGCACCAGCAGCUCUUCUUUAUGCAGACAAAGAAGGUGGCCAAUGAAAUUUACAUUUCAUGUCGUGUAUCUUGCUUGUUGGGGAUUUCACCAAAUCAAAGAAUAAUAAUGUAAGAACAAAAUGAACACAUCAAGUAAAUAGAAAUUAGUGAUUGACUUGGAGGUACAAUUGAUUGUUAUCCUUAGACAAUAUUUGUCCAUAUACACAAGUUGUUAUAGGUUUUCUACAAACUUGUCCUCAGAAUACUACCAAGUUUAUUGGGUUCUACA